GAUGAAGAGGCAAUUUAUGUAUUCAUUAUCAAACAAACUCCAAACGCCAAUAAUUCAUUACCCUUCCCUUCUUCAAUCUCCAAACCCAGAACAACCUCCGAUUCCCACAUCCAUGGCCUCCGAUUCCAAUUCCCCUGAAAUCUCCUCUGUUUUCGACACCUUCAUCGGAAACAGAGACCUCUCUCUCUUCAUGCCCUUCCUCUUCGGCUUCUCCACCGCCGACCCACUUCAACAAUCCCAAAACCCCGCCGACCCAGAUCGCCAAAACGCCAAUCGGAGCGACAGGAUAUUUCUGGUCAACCCUUUUACUCAGAGCAUGGUCGUGAUCGAGGGGCGUUCGAGCUUGGAAGCGCUGAUGCGCGAUCUCGGCGGGAAGGACGGCCAGCCGCCGGCGUCCAGAGCAUCCAUAGAAGCGCUCCCCACCGUUCAAAUCAUGGCAGAGGAGUUGGGUUGUGAGUGUGUGAUCUGCUUGGAUGAGUGGGAAAUUGGGGCGGUGGCUAAAGAACUGCCUUGCGGACACAAAUUUCAUCCCGAUUGUAUAGAGAAAUGGCUUGGGGUUCAUGGGAAUUGCCCUCUUUGUAGGUGCAAGCUGCCGGAUGAUGUUGAUCGGAAGAACAACGAGGGACGGCGGGCGAGGGAGAUUUGGGUUGGUUUUUCUUUCAAUAAUGAUCGGAGAAGUGAGGGUUCUAAUGGAGUUUCUUCAGAUCAUGGAGCUUAGGGUUAGGAUUUUUGCCCCUUUUGUUUGUGGAUUUCUUAUGUAUAGAUAGAAUAAAGCUUGGUUUGUUCUUCCUUGUAAAUAUUGAGCUUUCAAUAAUUUACAUUAAUAUUCUCUUGGAAUAAACUAAUUAAAUUUUAAGCAC